AUGUCUGACCCCAUCACACUGAACGUUGGGGGGAAGCUCUAUACGACUUCACUGGCAACCUUGACCAGCUUCCCCGACUCCAUGCUGGGUGCCAUGUUCAGUGGAAAGAUGCCCACCAAGAGGGACAGCCAGGGCAACUGCUUCAUUGACCGUGAUGGCAAAGUGUUCCGCUACAUCCUCAACUUCCUGCGGACCUCCCACUUGGACUUGCCUGAGGACUUCCAGGAGAUGGGCCUGCUCCGAAGGGAGGCCGACUUCUACCAGGUGCAGCCCCUGAUUGAGGCACUGCAGGAGAAGGAGGUGGAGCUCUCCAAGGCUGAGAAGAAUGCCAUGCUCAAUAUCACCCUGAACCAGCGUGUGCAGACAGUCCACUUCACCGUGCGGGAGGCACCUCAGAUCUAUAGCCUCUCUUCCUCCAGUAUGGAGGUCUUCAAUGCCAACAUCUUCAGUACCUCUUGCCUCUUCCUCAAGCUCCUUGGCUCCAAGCUCUUCUAUUGCUCCAACGGUAAUCUCUCCUCCAUCACGAGCCACUUGCAGGAUCCCAACCACCUGACUCUGGACUGGGUGGCCAAUGUGGAGGGCCUGCCAGAGGAGGAGUACACCAAGCAGAACCUCAAGAGGCUCUGGGUGGUGCCAGCCAACAAGCAAAUCAACAGCUUCCAGGUCUUCGUGGAGGAGGUGCUGAAAAUUGCUCUGAGUGAUGGCUUCUGCAUCGAUUCUUCUCACCCACACGCUGUGGAUUUUAUGAACAAUAAGAUUAUUCGAUUAAUACGGUACAGGUAA